AUUAGUUCGUGGGAUUGUAUGAUUGUAAAUUCACGAUGUAUAACAGUAAAACAUAUUUAUACAAUAAAAUGAUAUUUGAUGGCAAAACCUCUAAGUGUAUUUCUAGUAAUAAUUCAAAAUAUUUUGUUAGAAUUAUAGGAGUUUGUGUAGGUUCCAACCGCUACAAGGAAUUCCGGGCCACGGCUGUAAGUAAAACACACAUCCUUGCUUUCAAGAUAGGUGAUUUGUACCGCUGUAUGUGAGCGCCAUCUUCUGGGCAUCCUUUGAACCUACACACACGGGUAAAACAGCACACUGUACGGCAGGGGGGGCCGUAACACAAAGCUUCCAGACCGACUCUGGCUCGCAUGGUUGUGUGUACCGCGUUACAGACUGGUAUAAGUGCAAUCCAGCCCGCUUUCAGCCGCUUCCUCGUUAGCACGGUCCAAAGUUAUACCGGAACAAGGCAGCACGCAUGUGCCGUCAACCCGGAAGUAGAUGGCUCUUAUAUUUUUAUGGGUGUUUUCUCAAUUUCACCAAGUUAUGACAAAUUUGCUGUUAACAGUGACUAAUGUAUUUUAACACCGGCUAGACAGAGCUUGGCGGUUCCAAAUCUUUCCAAACCGUGUGGAUGUUACAUCUGAGUGCCAGCUCCACAGCAGGCUGUUUCCGAAUACCUGCACUUUUGAUUUAGCCUUACGUUGAGAGAUCACAAAACCACAAACGACAUAUGUCAUAACGUUAUUUUGUUCUCAGAAACUACAGACAGAAAGAAUACGUUUUAAGUGCCAGCGUUUCUUGGUGUUCCUGAAGUUGGGAAGAUAGAAGUAGUUAGGCUGUUCAUUUCUCAUACUAUCCCCUCGUUCUGCGUUGCACAAUACAUUCAGUAACUUAGAGGAUGGACUUUCGUGGUAGGAGGCAUGAGCGAGGCAGCAACUGGACCGACCCGGAGAUAGUGGAGUUGCUCCAGCUGUGGUCCGACGAGUCGGUCCAGAUUGAACUGGAGAGCUCACUGCGCAACCAGCGUGUAUUUGACCGAAUAGCACACGUUUUGCGCGAAAAGGGCAUCUACCGCACAGGUGACCAGUGCAGGGAGAAGAUCAAAAAGAUGAAGCUCGAGUAUCGCCGCAUCAAGGACAACCACAAACUGAGGUCCUGGAAGUUUUAUGACGUGAUGGACAGGGUGCUGGCGAACCGACCAGCUAUUACUUACUCCUCCUUGGGCGGAGCUGUCAUAGCUCAACAGGUGUUUCAGAGCCCAAGCGGGCCUGAUGCAUACCUCCAAGGAGCUCCAGCGGGCUCCUUUGGGCCCGCCUCCUCGGGUGGGUUUCUGUUUGGUCAGCCUCCAAAAACUGGAGAUCCGCUGGACAUAAAAUGUGAAGCUGUUGAGGACAGCAUGCUUAACUCAGGUGCUGCGCCCCCUGAGAUGUACUAUGGGUCUGGAGAUGACCAGGAAACUGAUGGGCAGUCUUUACUGGAGCCAGAGGACACACUGGGUCGAGGAGAGAGUUCAACAAAUACAAGGACCUCACCUUCAGGUUUUAGUGACCUGAACGUUGCAGGGUCUGCUACAGCUGACGCCCAGACUGUUGGUGGUUCUGUGCCACAGGACAUAUCUCAGCAUCCCAGCAAGGAGGGUUCUCAUCCCCUGACCUCUGUGAGACAGAGGAAGCAUAGACGGGGUGGCAAAACAUCAGCUAGGUGUGGUGCUCAGAGGAGCCUGGAUAAAGCCCUGGCCAGCUUCCUGAACUGGCAGCAAUCAGCAGAGGAGCGCCUCCUGUCCCUGGAGGAAGCGCAACUGGAGAGAGAGCUGCAGGCUGAGGAGCGCAGGGAACAGCGGGAGGAGAGGAGGGCGGAACAGGAGCGCCAGCAUGAGCUCCGCUUGUUUAGUAUGCUCACUGGGGCAUUAGUUGCUGUUCGACAGGGUGCUGCGACCACUGCAACAACACCAGCUGACCUCUCUGUCUCACCCCAAACUUAUCUGACCACAGGCACCGCCCCCCGUGUGUCGUCCUCUUUAUCUCAGCCCCUUUCAGAAACUUCCACAGCGCAGGCUGUUUCUGCACAGGACACAAUAAAACCAACAGCACCUACAUCUGCCUGCAAAAUGUCUCAGAUUGUUUUGACAACGCUGGGAGAUGGAAAAACCCCUGGCCAUAGCAGGUACUUGUCCAUCCGUGGUAACAACUUCCUACAGCAUCAUGGUAUUCUCCAGGAGGGCUUUGAACAAUACAUCAUGGACAAACACCAUGACACAGACAACCCCGAUGGUAUAAUCAAUAUGGGCACCAGUGAGAACAAACUAUGCUAUGAUCUUCUUCAUAGACGGCUGACCAAGCCUGACAUGCUUCAUGUUGACCCAGCCCUGUUGGAGUAUUCAGACUGGAGGGGACACACAUUCCUGAGAGAAGAGGUGGCAAAGUUCCUGACUCACUACUGCUGUUCCCCAAAGCCGCUUGAAGCUGACAAUGUCGUGGUGAUGAAUGGCGGUACUUCUCUCUUCUCAUGUAUUGCUGCAGUAAUUUGUGACCCUAAGGAUGCCAUUCUCAUUGCGACUCCUUUCUAUGGUAUCAUUAAAGAGGAUGUCGGUCAGUAUAGUGAUGUGAAACUCUAUCAUGUUCCUCUUGACUGUGAGCCUGAUGGCAAAGACAGCCGACCCUUCCAUCUCACUGUAGAGAAACUAGAAGAAGGUCUGAUAAGGGCCAAGCAAGAGGGCUCAAUCAUCCGAGCUAUUAUACUGGUGAAUCCCCACAAUCCUCUGGCUGAGAUCUACACCUUGAAGGAGAUGAUUGCCUUCUUGGAGUUUGCCAAAAGAAAUGAGCUCCACGCUAUCGUAGAUGAGUUGUACAUGCUGACGGUAUUUGAUGAAUCUGUCACCUUUGACAGUGUCCUCAGUGUAGACAGCUUGCCUGACCCACAGAGGACGCAUGUAAUGUGGGGGCUGAGUAAAGACUUUGCGAUGGCAGGAAUGAGAAUAGGCACUCUGUAUACCGAGAACAGAGACGUCGUGGAGGCUAUGGCCCAGCUGGGCGCAUUUCACAGCAUUUCUGGAACCACCCAGUACCAGGUAGCACAGCUGCUUAAGGACAGAGAGUGGAUCAGCGAGACAUUUCUGCCAGAGAACAGAAGCAGACUGAAAGCUGCUCACGGCUACCUGACGGGACAGUUCCAGAGCAUGGGUAUCCCUUACCUGGACAGGCCUGCAGCACUGUUUGUGUGGGCUGACCUCAGAAAGUACCUCAGAGAGCCGUCGUUUGAGGAGGAGCUGUCUCUGUGUAAGAGUUUCCUCAGACACAAGGUGGUGUUAAGCGGCGGUUAUGCCUUCUCCUGCUCCGUGCCUGGCUGGUUCCGCAUUGUCUUCGCAAGCCCACAGCACCACCUUCAUCUUGCCCUGAAGCGAAUCAGAGAGGCUUUGAAAGAAAUUGAAGAAAAAAACGUCAGCCCCGAUUCACACUCUAUCAACGAAUCCAGUGAGGAAAGCAAAAAGUCAGUGAAAGAGGACAGUGCAGAUUCAGACAACGCUGCGAUUGUCAAUUCAACAUCAUCACCCCAGAGCAAGUCAUCAGACCAGCUGAUGGAGAAGGAUAGCCCUGUUCCUGACACAGACUCGCUGGCCACUGAGGAGUUUGUGCUGCUGGACUGCCAAGCAUCUAAGCCUGCAGAAAGUCUUGGCUCUCUGAUUGGUACUCUCAGGCACCAAAUCCACUCUUCUGAUUGGCUGGAGAAAAACACUCCAGAGCUGUCUGCAGAGGAAGACCCAGAGAUUCUUGAUGUAUUCAAGGACCUGCUGCAAAGAGCCAGAAAGUAAGCUUAGGAUAAACAGACAUGAAUGUAGCUGCCAAAUUUCAAGAGCCAGUACUUAAGCAUCCUUCUUGUUCCCUGCGUUUAUGGCGAAAAGCUCGACACAAACACCUGACUCAAGGUCAAAUCUGAUGCCUGUUUCUGAGGAGGGAAGAAGAAACAUUAGCCAGUAACGCAGGCAAGGUCAGGAUGGAGGAACAGAACAUUGUCUGCAUCUUGAGGCCUUACUUUUAAGCUGUUAGAAAAGAUGGGAUUGCCAAAAUUAGUCACAUGCUUAAAUAUUGUAAGUCUCUUAAUCUUAACUGCACACUUUUAUUUUUUGAUCAUAUGCACUUUAUUAUAUCAAAAUGCAUUGUACUUUCUGUAAAGUUAAUUAUCUGUGAAUUAAAGAAUUCAUAUGUCUUUAUCUUAUUAUAAUCUUUCAUUUUGAGUCUCUGUGAGCCUGAAUUGGCUCGUGAUUAAAGUCUCCAAUUUAGGGUUUAUAUGUUUUGAUUCUAAGAUAACUAGUAUCUAAUUUUGUGCGAUAGAUGAUCUAAAGGCAUUUUAGCAUGAUAUAUUUUGAAACUUGCUUUUUGGUGGUCUGUGGGUGCUGUCCCGCUGAAACAAAGGAAAGCAGAAGGGGUGGUAGUUAUGUGACGAAGAGGAGAGACCUGAGGUUGAUGUCGCCACCAGCUGCAACGCAUUGUGCAUGACUGUGAGAAAAUGAGAGUGGGAUUUCCUUAAGUGUUUUGCCAUGUAUAACAACCCACAGACACCCCCUACAGUUUCUGCAUUUGACAUAAAUGUCGGAGUGGCAUUUUGCUGUUGCAGCAUAUCGCUCAUGUUUCAAAUAAUUUUUAUACUUUUUAGCUUCCUUUAUGAUUUUCUCUUUGUUCCUUGUUUGCUAAUAUCAGCCAAAUAAAUGUCCUGAAAUCACUGAA